UACAAAGUUCACAUCAUUUGUGGUUUUGUCAAAUAUCAUUUGAAAGAGAAGAAAACAUUUUCGUAUACGUAUGAUUUCGGAAGAUCAGCAAAGAAAAAUCAAGAAACCACCAAACCAAUUAAAGUAAGAAAAAGAUUGUCGUUCCAAUUCCCUUCCAGAUUUUGUUGGGAUCUUUUGUUUUUCUUCCAAAAACCCUUUUCAUAAUCAACGCAUGGCUCCCCAAACAUAAUAAUGCUUCAUGCAAUUAUACAUUGGAAAAACCUGAAAAUCUCAUUUCCAAUCUCCUCGCCAUUCUGUUAAAUUAUAUUCCAAGAGGAUGAAAUUGAACGCGUUUUCUCGGUUUAGAUUUGGAUUGAUUCUUUUAUUAUCUCUUAAUCAUAAUCCACGAACAGCUUCGUCUGCGGAAUCUAAAGAAGCGUAUGUAACUCUUUUAUAUGGAGAUGAAUUCAUGUUAGGAGCACGUGUUCUUGGGAAGUCUAUUCGGGAUACCAGAUCCACCAAAGACAUGGUCGUUUUGGUCUCUGAUGGCGUUUCUGACUACGCCAAGAGUCUUCUCCAGGCAGAUGGUUGGAUUGUGAAUCAAAUAAGUCUACUAGAGAACCCUAAUCAAGUUCGGCCAACAAGGUUUUGGGGUGUAUACACAAAGCUCAAGAUAUUCAACAUGACCAAUUACGACAAAGUCGUGUAUCUUGAUGCUGAUACAAUCGUAGUCAAGAACAUAGAUAUUCUAUUCAAAUGUGGAAAAUUUUGUGCUAACUUAAAACAUUCAGAAAGGCUCAACUCCGGUGUUAUGGUAGUAGAACCAUCUGAAAAACUUUUCAAAGACAUGAUUAGCAAAGUUACCACAUUAUUUUCAUAUACAGGAGGUGAUCAGGGUUUCUUGAAUGCCUAUUAUUCUGGAUUCCCAAGUGCACGUGUUUUUGACCCUACCAUUUCUAGACCAGUUGCGGAAAUGGAAAGACUUUCUACUAUUUACAAUGCAGAUGUUGGACUUUACAUGAUUGCUAACAAGUGGAUGGUAGAUGAGAAAGAAAUUAGUGUUAUACACUAUACACUUGGACCUCUAAAACCAUGGGAUUGGUGGACAUCUUGGCUUUUAAAACCUGUAGAUAUAUGGCAGGAUGUUAGAGAACAUCUAGAAGAAUCUCUUCCAGGAACAGGAGGAGGCAGAAAUCCCCAUGAUGAUCUUUUAGUCAAAUUUCUUUUCUGGUUUCCAGUUUUCAUUUUACUCUUCUGUUACUAUCGAUCUUUUUCUUCUGGGGGUGCGCUUGCUUAUUCUGCAGUAUCUUCAUCUACCAUUAACUCUAAUCAACAGUUCUCUAAUGGUGCACACUCCAUGGUGCCUGGUUUUCUUGGUGGAAUUUCUGUAGUAAUAUGUUUCAUGGUUGCGGUGGUGUCACUUGGAUUUGGUAUUUCGGUUGUGCCUAGGCAAGUGAAGCCAUGGACUGGGUUGCUUUUGAUGUAUGAGUGGAUUUUUACAAUUUUUUUCCUACUUUUUGGAUUUUAUUUGCACAUAAUUUACAAAUGGGGAAAGAUGGUGGCAAAUCAAACAGGAAACCCACGUCCAGGAGCUUCAGAUUAUGAUUCUGAAAAAGGUCAUCAGAGGGUAUCUUGUGAUGUUGCACCAUGGUACUAUGGGUCAGUGAUGGCGUUUUUGGCUGUUGCUGCCCCUUUAGCACCUGGUCUUUUUGGGAUUACGGCUUUAUUUUUGAGGUUCAGUUUGAUGGGUGUUGGAGGUUUAAUUUUUGCAUGUUUCAUGACGUAUGCCUCGGAACAUUUAGCAAUCAAGUCAUUCAUGCGAGGCCUUGAAGAUAGAGAUGGAUCAAGGGCAAGGAACAUAUGUUAUUUAUGCUGCUAAUUAAUUAGAUUUUUCAUAAACAAAAAUGUAAUUUGUUUAUUUGUAGGUUUUCAUAACGACAAUGUGUUUCGAUUGAUGUUUAACUUUUGAUUGUCGAACAAAUAUGAGUUUAAAGUUGACAAGAGCUAUUUUAGCUAUAAUGUAGAAUUGGUUGUACAUGAAGCUCCAUCAUAUUCAUGUAUCUCAUUUGUUGGAAAAAGUCGGACACGAACAUGG